AUGAUCCUUUACAGUCCUCUCUUCUCAUCACCCAUUAGGCCACGUGGCAUCACUUCUUCUUCUCCGACCCCCCGAGUCAACUCGGAUGCUUCGGACUCGUUCUGUCCGAGCGGCUUAUGUUCUUGCGGCAGAAGACGCCUCAUCGAAGCAGCAGUCGCCACUUCUUUAUUCCCGGUUUUCCCUUCCACCUCCGUCGCUUCCAAAUUGCAGUCCGAUGAUUAUACGGCCACAUUGAGGAAAGUACACCCUCCUAGACCAGACUGGUACGAAGAGUUGUAUGCGUCAGUGUUGAACAAGGGCAUGCGAACUUAUGAAGACGAGAUUGCAGGUUGCAAGUCGGAGCUGUUUGCUAGGUUGAAGGGAAAUGCUGAGCGAGUAUUGGAAAUUGGUAUAGGGACUGGUCCGAAUUUAAGAUACUACAGUGCCGAUGAUGGUGUCCGAGUUUUUGGUGUGGAUCCUAAUAGAAAGAUGGAAAGAUACGCUCAGGCUGCGGCCGUGGCUGCUGGUUUGCCCCUUUCGAACUUCGAGUUUAUACAAGCAGUUGGGGAGGCCAUACCAUUAGAUGAUGCUUCUGUUGAUGCAGUUGUUGGAACCCUAGUAUUGUGUUCUGUAAAAGAUGUCGAUAAGACUCUAAAGGAGAUUAAGAGAGUGCUGAGACCAGGUGGACUCUACUUGUUUGUGGAGCAUGUGGCUGCAAAAGAUGGGACACCCCUCAGAUUUAUACAGAGUGUUCUUGAUCCCUUGCAACAAACUCUUGCCGAUGGAUGUCAUCUCACCCGGGAAACAGGAACCAAUAUAUCACGAUCCGGCUUCUCAGGCGUUGAGCUUAGCAUGACCUCUUUGUCCAGUGCCUCAAUUAUAAACCCUCAAAUCUAUGGAGUAGCUAGCAAGUAA